UCAAGCAGUAGAAGAAUUUAAGCAAAUCUGAAGUUCUGAAAGACCACUCCAGUGGGGAAUGGGAAGAAAGGAAGUCAGAAAGCUGGGAAACAAGAUGAGAAGUAGUAGAGUGAAGCAGUAGAGAGAAGGUGGCAGCCUGGACUAGGAAUGGUGGUAGUGGGAAUGGAAAGGAGUGCAUAUGAGAGAGAUUAGGAGGUAAAAUCAGUGGGAAUUGGUGACAGGUUUGAUGUGGGGAUUAGGGAAGGAGGAGUUAAGGAUAUCUGUCAGGGAUUUUGUUUGUAUUGACUGAAUGGCUAGAUUAAUGACUAGAUGAUGGUAUCAUUCACCAGGUUGUUGGGCAACACAGGAGAGUAAGUAAGCUACUUGGAAGAGAGACAAUGAGCUCAGUUAUGAACAUAUUUUAGUGCUUUUGGGACAUCCAAAAGUCAGUGAAGCACAUGUGUUUGGGUCUCAGGAAGGGUCAGAGCUAAAGAUUUGAGUCAAUAGAGUAUGGAUGAUGAUUGAAAACAAGAAAAUAGAUGAAGAUAAUCUCAGGUGUUUAUGUAGCAUAAGAAAAGAAGAAGGCCAAAGAACCAAAAUCUGGGGGCAGGUUAAUUUUCAUGAAGGGUAGAGGAAGAGGAAUCCACAAAGAAAAUUGAGAAGGGCCAGCCAGAGAUGUAAGAGGAAAACCAGGAAAUUAGUGUCAUGAGUCCCAAGGUGGGUGUGGCCACAUGUGAGCAGGCUGCAGAAAACAAGAUCAUAAUAGAAAAGUGUCCAGUGGACAUAGAGGGGUGAGAGGCACUGGUGACCUUGGCAAGAAUUGAACCAAUGGAGGGUUGUGGGUAAGAAACCAGCCUAAAGUCAGGUGAGAAGGCAGAGGGAGGUGAGGGUUAAAAUUAGGCAACUCUAAGAAUGUCACUGUGAAGGGGAAGUGAGAAUGACAGCCGGAAGAUUCCUAAAAGCUGGAUGAAGCUGGUGGUUGUAGGAGUCCACUCCCAAUUUCCCUAGUAUAGAAAGAAAGUGGGAGAAAGUAGAGCCCAAAGGAGGCCUUGGGGGAAAGUUGUGGAAAGGGAUGAUAAGGGCCAGUGUCCGGGAGGGAGACUGUUCACUGGGUCACAGGAAUCCCUAUCAGGGUGCCAUUUCCUCCCCAUCCCCAUCCCCUUCCUGCCUCUGACCAGGCCCUCCGUGGAGUUGGAAGAAAGAAGGACCGAGUCACACCCUGGAAGAAGUUCUGUGCCCUCGGAGGUUUUUCUGCCUACCCGUAAGCUGGGGUUGGGGUUAGGGGAAGAAGGGUUCUGAAGGAGGGAUAAGAGCUAAGGACCUUGAGCUAGCAGUUUAGGCUUUGGGGGGCAAGGGUAGGAGAGGGGAGUGGAGAGGAUGGGAGGUGGGGGAGCCGAGUUUCUGGAAAAGAUCCUGGAGGCUUCGGUGAGGGCUAGAGCCAGGGGGAAUGUGCUGGGGGCCAGUUGGGAAUCCACUCAAGCUCCCCUUGCCCACAGGUCCCCAUGCCUCUCCUCCUCUUGCUGCUCCUCCUGCCAGGCCCUUCACACCUCCAGUCCACCUGUGAGGUCACCAAAGUGGCCAGCCAGGUGGAAGUGAACUGUGAUAAUCUGGGACUGAAGGCGCUGCCUCCAGACUUACCAGCAGACACAAACAUCCUCCGCCUGAGUAAGAACUCCUUGGGCACUUUUUCCACAGCGCCCCUGGUGCGUCUGACUCACCUCAUUCAGCUGCACCUGGGUGACAGCAAGCUGACCAACCUGCAGGCUGAUGGGAAGCUGCCAUUGCUGGAGACCCUGGAAAUGCCUCAUAAUAAUUUGAAAAGCCUGCCCUUGCUAGGACAGGCAUUGCCAGCACUCGUUACCCUGGAUGUCUCCUUCAACAAGCUGGACUCAUUGUCUCCUAAUGCCCUGGAUGGCCUGAGCCAACUCCAUGAGCUCUACCUGUGUGGCAAUAAGCUGAAGACUCUGCCUCGCCAGCUCCUGGCACCAACAACCCGACUGAGGAAGCUUAAUCUGGCUGACAAUAAGUUGGAGGACCUUCCCCUUGGGUUCCUGGAUGGGUUGGAGGAGCUAGACACCCUCUACCUCCAAGGGAACUGGCUGAAAACAAUACCAAAGGGCUUCUUUGGGGACCUCCUCCUGCCUUUUGUUUUUCUCCACAACAACCCCUGGUUCUGUGACUGCAACCUCCUCUAUUUCAGUCACUGGCUGCAGGACAAUGCCAACAAUGUCUACAUAUGGAAGAAGGGUGUGGACGUCAAGGCCAUGACCCCCAAAGUGGAGAGUGUUCAAUGCGUCAAUAUACCUGACACAUCCGUCUUUGCCUACUCAGGGGAGGGCUGCUCCCCCCUCAGUCAUGGGGAUGACCCAGGCGACUAUGAUAAUUAUGAAGAAGAGAACCAUAAGGGUGAUAAGGUGCCUGCUACAAGGACUGUGGUCAGGUUCUCUACCAACACCAAAGCCCAUACAACCCACUGGGCCUUACACUAUGAAGAAUUUACUGUUUCUGUAGACAACCAAAUGCCCUACUUGCUUCCAACCCAAGAGUCCACUAAGAAACAGACCACAUCCCCAACCUCCACAGAAUCUACAUUCUACACGACUCAAAAACCCACUACUGAAUCCACCACAACCCGGAUCACCCCAGAACCCUCAACCCUGACCACUCCAGAACCCACAAACUGGACCAUCUCAGAACCUAAAACCCCAAAACCCACAACCCUGACCACCUCAGAACCCAUAACUCCAGAACCCACCACAACCCCGACCACCUCAGAACCCACAACCCCGCCCUCAGAACCUACAACUCCAGAAUCCACAACUCUGACCACCUCAGAACCCACAACCUCAGAACCCACCACAACCCCGACCACCUCAGAACCCACAACCCCGCCCUCAGAACCUACAACUCCAGAAUCCACAACUCUGACCACCUCAGAACCCACAACCUCAGAACCCACCACAACCCCGACCACCUCAGAACCCACAACCCCGCCCUCAGAACCUACAACUCCAGAAUCCACAACUCUGACCACCUCAGAACCCACAACCUCAGAACCCACCACAACCCCGACCACCUCAGAACCCACAACCCCGCCCUCAGAACCUACAACUCCAGAAUCCACAACUCUGACCACCUCAGAACCCACAACCUCAGAACCCACCACAACCCCGACCACCUCAGAACCCACAACCCCGCCCUCAGAACCUACAACUCCAGAUAUCUUAGAAACCACAACAAUCAUCUCUGAGUUUGUCGACAUCCUGAAGGUUCGUGGGGUGGCUCAAGGGAAUGUGUAUAGCUCCAGAAACGACCCUUUUCUUAACCCUAACUUUUGCUGCCUCUUCUCCCUGGGUUUCUACAUCUUGGGUCUCCUCUGGCUCCUGUUUGCCUGUGUGGUUCUCAUCUUGCUCCUGAUCUGGGUCUGGCACAUGAAACCACAGGCCCUAGACUUCAGCCAGUCUGUUGCCUUGGCCACAGUCAUGCAUACCACACAUCUGGAGCUGCAGAGAGGAAGGCAAGUGACGGUGCCCCGGGCCUGGCUGCUUUUCCUUCGAGGGUCACUCCCAACUUUUCGCUCCAGCCUCUUCUUGUGGGUCCGUUCCAAUGGCCGUGUGGGGCCUCUAGUGGCAAGACGGUGGCCCUCAGCCCUGAGUCUGGGUCGUGGUCAAGACCUGCUGGGUACAGUGGGCAUUAGGUACUCUGGCCACAGUCUUUAAGCGUAGGUGGUUUGGGGACCUUGAGAGGCUCUGAUGGGUUUUCCUAUUGGGAUCUAGCUGGGGGUGGGUGGGUAAGCACAGGGUCAAGGGGAGGUCUUAAUUACUUUUCCUUUAUUAGAAGCCUUCUCUUCACAACACUAGAAUACAACCUCAGACCUAGAAAACCACGAUGGGUAGUGGAAUGGAGUUGUGUGGGUCACAGAAUAAAGCUCCCAAUCUACAUGGGUUUGGGGGGCAGGGCAGUGUUCUCAGACCAUUAGGUUACUACCACUUCUGGGAAGUUUUAGGAAAAAGCAAAUAAACAGAUUAGAGCUUGGUCCGCACAUUUAUCUGUGUACUGAAAAUUUGUAGAGAUUUAUCAAGAUGUGAGCCCUGAUUGUCUCUGGGUGAUGUAAAUAUGGUUUUCCUUUACUCUGCUUAGCAUUUUUUAGUUUCCUACUAUUACAUAUUGUUUGUAUAAUAAAAAAACUUCAAAAAGAAAAAUUAGAUUCUUUUGGAGAGAGAGUGACUGGGGCACCUGUCACUAGCAUUUUCAAGGCCCCAACUGCCCUGACCCUAGGUGCUCUACUCAUCCAAAAAAGCUCUAGUCUUAGCCUGUACUUCCCCUGCCUUGGGUACCUACUUCUCUCCUCCAGGGGUUACUACCCUGCAGGACACCCCAAGCACCAGUUUCAGCUCAAGAUCUGUUUAGUGACACUGCUGAGGCAUAACUGCCUGUGACCCACAAUACUAGGAACAAAGGUGGGUGAUCGCCCAAACCUGCGGCCUCAGAAAUGUGGCUCUCCUGCUCUCCCUAGGUGAGUGGGACAGGGGCAGGGUGUGCACUGUGUUGGUGGGUCUUACUGAAUAGUCUCCGUUUCUGGUUCUCAAGCUAAGAUGCAGGUAAACGGAACCUACUUUUCUCUUCUGGUGCCACAGAUUCUGCCAUUCCCCUUACCACAUUUGACGGGGCCUUCUCUCCUGCCCUGUUUCUCACACUGAGGCCUGAGGCCCUGAAUGAGUGAAGACUGAGUCUUCCAUAGAUUCCCCCUCCUCCAGAUGGUAAUAGAGGAAUCUUCCUAACUUGAAAACCUGAAUGCAUCUCUCCUGUUUUGAACCCUUCCCCAGAUAGACAAACUCUUGAGCUUGGCAAUCUAUUCCUGUGCACUGACCCAUCGAACAGUCCAGCUUUUUCUCUAACAUUUUACAACCUGUGCUCCAGCUAUUGCAAACUGCACAUAGAUCACCUGCUCCCCAGGCUUUCUCCUUCAGCCAGGAGGGCUGCCCCAUCCCACUUCUCCAGCCAGUCUGCUACUGUACACAGGUUUCUCCUCCCUCACGCUGGGCCAGGCACUUCAAGUUACCCAGAAACUGUUUAUUGCUAUACUCCCAGCUCUCCAACUGCUCCUGUGUCAUCUUUCCUCCUGCA